AUUAUUAAAUGCAUUGCAGAGAGAGGGGCUGAAGAAAGCAUGCUUUAAGAGAAUACAUCAAAGCAGAUUCUAAGGUUUUGGAUAGAGCAGAGCAUGGAUAUAGUUUUCUCUUAAAUUUUAACCAAGGCAUUGCUGUGAUAUAUUUUUUAACUGCUGUUACUGUUUGUGAGCUUGUUGAAUUUGAUUAACCCGGUGAAUUCAAGCAAAACUCAUCUGGGAAUGUUCCUGACGAGAGUGGGGAGGAAGUUUGGUUGAGGAGGAAAAGAAAUAGAAUGGGUAGUAAUCUGGAUCUUACAUCCUUAUUUUAGGGAUUAAGCAUCUGUAAUGAGAAUAAUGACAUUAGGAAAGUACUGCAGAUUUUCUAAUGACUAACAAAUUUAGAUCGUUUAUCUGGACACAGGAAGUAAAACUGCCAAUUGAUCAUAUAACACAGAGUAAAUUGUGCUAAUAUACAUUCAAGGGUUCCUCUGAAAUUAAGCCAGUUGAUCAGGAAUUUGUGUUAAUCAAACAGCAACUUUAACAAAAGAAUGCAAAAGCCCCUCCAGCUUACUACACGUUUGCAUGUCAGCAGUAACAGUGCUAAUUUGUGAAAACAGAGAGUGAACCUGUGACCUCUUCUCAGAUACAGCCUCAAUUGUUGAGGCAGGUGCUGUUGGCCUUACCGAAAAAGAGAAAAACUGAAAGGUCUCAAAACAUGCACAACAAUCCCAAACUUGAACCUUGAUUGAUUAGAUUCUUAUCUCAUUCCUAUCCCAUGUGUAUGGCAGGCAGAGAUCAAAUUUCACUUCACACAUGCACAGGCCCACCAUUGUCACGACUGGCCUUGGUGACUGAAGCACCAUUACUGCGCAAAUCUAAUCAGAUACCCUUAAGUGGAUAACAAGCGUGUCUCCGGCAUUUACAGUAGUGAGAGGGCUGAAGUGAAACCAGGACAAUCCGCUGUCACACAAAGCAGAUGCGAUGUGUAGCAGCUCUGGCAUCCCUCCUGCUAUCCGUAGUGGAAAAAAAUGUUGAUUGGCUAACAACUGGGAUCUUGUUUGGCCAGGAGAAGUCAGAUAGGAGCUCUCAGUUACAACUGACAAGUUGAGUAUUGUGAUGAGCUUGUUCUCAGUUAGGUGGAUGAGUAGUGAAUUAGGACAGCUAGUCCAGCUGACAAGGAGAAUUUAAGAAGCUUGGGUCCGCUGGUACGUUGCAAGCUAAAAGCUAAAAGUUUUGAGUGGCGUACCAUUUGACAUUUAAUCCGUUAAAAAAAGAAAAAAAAAAGUCCUGUUGUUAUAAGUCAGCAAACAUAAUUGUGCUUAGUGGAAAAGAUAUAAUCAGUUUCAACAAAUUAAUUUGUCAGAAAAACCUUAAAAGAAGAAGAAGGGCCGGAUAAAAAGAGAAAUCUUUUUUUUUUUAAAUGGCAGGUUUCACUUCCUUAGUCAGUUAAAUAUCAUGCAAAGCUUACCGAAUCUGAUACACCACUAACACUGCUGCUUAUCAGAGUUACUUCUGGCUCUGACUGAUUAGCUUUGGUCACUCAUGGAAAAAAGUGGUCAUUGGGUUAUUUAAAGUAGAAAAAAAAUAUAAAGAUUAAUAAACUAACUACUAAUAAAUGACAAAAAUAACUCUGAUCACUGCUUAAAUUACAAAUAUCAUCCUUGCUCUCCAAAAUACCUUCCAAGCCAUUAACUAAUAGAAUUACAAUAGUGAACUUAUUUGUGAGAACCAAGCAAGGAAGAAAACUGGCCAUUUAAGGUGAGAUGUUCUGUCUGAAAAUAGCUCUCCUUUAAUAACAAAGACCUCAAAAUAACUUUAUUGCACUUAUUUUACCUGAAACUGAUAAAAUGCUUCACUGUCUGCAAAUAAAACAAUGAAUGAAUGAAAUGCCUUGGUUAAAAAUGGCAUUAGAGGAGUUAUUUAAAACCCUCAUUGGGGAACAAGGGUCAAUUGUGCUACACAACCCCUGAAGCGGACGGCAGAGGACUUUGGGAGAUGACCGUUGAUUGGUCAGCCAAACAGAAAGGGGCGGUCCAGAUGAAUUAGUGAUAGACACUAAAGGCAGAUAUCCUGCAGUGAUCAAACCCUGGAUGAUCUAACAGUCUGCUGUUUGAAGUGAUUAUCAUGCUACGCAACAUAAAGGCUUACGCCCAGCUGUGGGCCUAAUUAGUUCACUUAGGGGCCUUUAUAAAACACUGGUAGGAGCCUGGAAGGGACAGACACUCACUGAGAAGUCAGCAGCUUAACGGGACGUCAGCAGCAGAUCUGGAUCCCUAAAAUUGACCUGCUGCUAAACGCGAAUAAACCAAACCGAAGAUUACCAGCUUUUCUGAGAAUGCCACACUUAAGUGACUGCAGUUACUACAAAAUGCGGGAUGCAACCAGAGCUUCAAAAGUACAAAGCCACCUAGAAAACUCCAAGUUCCACCUCCAUCAAAGCCAGAAUCAACCGGUGAAGCAGUACCUGACGCUGGGCUCCAAACUGGCCUCUUCUGCUGGAUCAGGCCACUCCGUGCCACAUCCACACACCCCUGGCCAGCCGCUUGCCACGGUGCCAAUCAUGAGGAACGGACACAUGCCUCCUGUCAGCGACAGCAGCAACCCCAACAGCCCUGUUACCCUGCUCACCAUGGCCAAUCAUGACAGCGAGUUUCCAAUGGAUGAAGUUAUUGAUGACCUAAUUAGUCUUGAAUCCGGUUUCAAUGAUGGAGGCUUGGAUUGCAUGGAGCCUAACAUCAUAAUGCAAAACAAUGUGUCCCUCAGUAGCAGCAUGCUGGACGUCUAUGGGGGUGAACAAGGUAUGAACCCCCCUAAUGGUGGAAUGAGCCCCACAUCUAAUCCCACAAAGCUCACUGUAAAAAGGGAAUACACAGAGCAUGACACCAGGGUGAUGGCCAAAGAGAGGCAGAAGAAAGACAACCAUAAUCUGAUUGAAAGAAGGCGAAGAUACAACAUUAACUACAGAAUUAAGGAGCUUGGGACUCUCAUACCAAAGUCGAACGACCCUGACAUGAGGUGGAACAAAGGCACCAUACUUAAGGCCUCGGUGGAGUACAUAAGGUGGCUGCAGAAGGAGCAGCAGCACGCUCGGGAGCUGGAAAGCCGUCAGAAGAAGUUGGAGCAAGCCAACAGGAGGCUGCUGCUGAGGAUCCAGGAGCUUGAGAUCCAGGCGCGAGCACAUGGACUCCCAAACAUGGCCACUGCCUUGGGGACAGUCGAGUUAUCUUCCCACCUUCUCAAACAGCAGCAGCAGCAGCAACAACAACAACAACAACAGCAGCAGCAGCAGCAGCAGCAGCAAUCUCCUCCCCAGGCCCCGCAACCGCAGCAGCCGCCCCUCUACCAGGAGGACCCAAACAGCGACUACCUCCAGAGGAUAGCCGUGGUGACCGGUGUGCCGCCCAUUGCUGCUGUCAGUGGGCCACAGGAUCACAUCCCUGGCGCAGAUGCUUGCACCACGUUCUCCGACCCACUGUCCCACUUUACAGACUUCUUCACCGCCACGCUAAAGGAAGAGCACCAGCUAGACGAGAUCCUAAUGGAUGACCCGCUGUCGCCGUUUGGCACUGACCCACUCCUCUCAGCUGGCUCCCCUGAAGGUGCAUCCAAGGACAGCAGCCGCAGGAGCAGCUUCAGCUCCGCCGAGGGCGACGACCUAUAAGGGUGCCCGCUUCGGCAGCAUGCUGCUGUGAUCACUUCAUGACUGCACAGCUGUAAACCCCAGCUGUAAAGGGCAUACACAGAGCCAACUGAUGGACCUGGGCAUGCAGUUGUGAUCCCUGUCAGGGUUGCAAGUAAUUUAAAUGACAGUACUUGAUAAAACCCUUCAAAGUCCCACUUCUUUAUAAAAAGCUCCACUGUCCCAGAAGCCGACAUGUUUUAAAGUUUGGCGGGACCAGAGACAUACCAUGACCACUCCCGCUUUUUUAAACUUUAUUAUAGACAAUUAUUGCCUUUCUCUGCCUCCCAGACAGAGCAGAAGCAGACUUGUAAGAAAAAGGGAGACAUUUAUCACAUGAUUUUACCUGCUGUAUUUUAAGUCAACACUGUGGUGGCUAUACAACAUAACUAAAAAUGUGCUCAAACUCUCCCCCUUUCCCCCUUUUUUUAAUAAAAAUAUUUCUACUUCACAAAAGGAUUUUAACAAGACAUAUGCAUUAUAUGAGGGGCCUCUUUUAAACUCCCAGUUUUGUUUGAAAAGAGAACUAAUGUACUCACCUCAGUGCCUAACAUGUCCGUGGCCUUGUCUGUCUUUUAAAUGUUUUUGUUUGAGAGUUUUUGUAUUUAUAUAUGUUUUAAUCCAUGUAUUCAUAAAAAGAUAUUGAUAUAUAUAUUACUAUCUAACACGCUACCUUUUUUAUUCUUAGUAGGGGUGGGAAAAAUGUAAUAAUAAACCCCUUUUUUUUGACA